AUGGAGGCUACGAUGGACUCCCGUUGGGCAUCGUCUCUGAUGCCGGGUGAGGCGGUGCCCGUGUACCCGUCAGACUCCAGCUACGUCUCCCACUCUGAGGAGGAAUCAGCUUUCUCCGGCAUGGAGGCCGAAUUCGGUGGGCUGCCCUCUCUCUUCUCCAGCGCCGUCCAGAGCCGAGGCACCGCUGGGUACCGACACAGUCCAGUACGACAGCUCUACUCUUCUCCCUUUCUGAGCGCUCUGCCAUGGUUGGAGGGCACCAGCACCCACUCUCUCCCCACCCCUUACCCAUCAACCCCCUCCACCUGGCACAGUACCAGCUUUAACCGGACCCCGGUGCUGCCCCACGCCCCCUGCCCCUCGUCUCCCUUCCAGCCGUCGCUCCCCGUGUCGUCCAUCAAAGCCCCCCGCUCCGAGUUCCAGCUCUCCAGCCUGAACUGUAAAGAGGACGUGAAGGGGGAGCGUGCCAGUCCCGAAACUGGCACAGAGGGCACAGGGGGAGCCUACGCCAUCAAUCACGGUAUCAGUGGUGUGUGUGUACACGACCACACCCUCCCGCAGGGGCUCACACACCCUCCUGCCCAGCCUGUGGGACACUACAGCUCGUACAGCAGCCUGCCUCAGGAGUUCAGCACCGCCGGCUUCUACUCACCACCAUUCUCACCAAGAGACCUCAGGACCAAGAUGAGCUUCUCUCCCACAGAAACCCGUGAGUGUGUGAACUGUGGGGCCACUGCGACCCCCCUGUGGAGGCGUGAUGGGACAGGUCACUACCUCUGCAACGCCUGCGGACUCUACCACAAAAUGAAUGGACAAAACCGACCGCUGAUCCGGCCCAGGAAGAGACUGGUGGUCAGUAAGCGGGCGGGCACCCAGUGUGCCAACUGUCAGACCAGCACCACCACGCUGUGGAGACGCAACGCCAGCGGGGAGCCCGUGUGUAACGCCUGCGGUCUCUACUUCAAACUACACAAUGUGAACCGGCCCCUGACGAUGAAGAAGGAAGGAAUCCAGACGCGGAACAGAAAAGUUUCCAGUAAGAACAGGAAGGGGAGGAAAAGCGGCGCCGGUGCAGAACUGGACCUGUACUCGGAUCAGUCGAAGCUGAUGGGAUGUGAUCAGCCUCUGGAUUAUUUCUCUGUGGCACCGGCGUACAGUCAGAGCGCCCACCCGACAGGCACCGCCGCCACCCUGCACACCCCCCCUCACCUGCCGUACUCAUACCACCCGGCCGCCGUCAUCCUCUCCGGCAUGGUUUAA